UUUGACAGCGCGGUUUGGCUGGUUUGCGACAUGACAGCGAUUGCUGUCAUUUCCGUCUUGUCGCACGAUAUUAUUGUUUACAAUCUUUUCCAGAAAGUACGUAAUCUUUGGCUGAUUGUGAAAUCGACUAAAUCAUGACAUCCUCGAUCAUUCUGGCUGGGCUGGGCCUAGCCGUGGUUGGGUAUGGAGGAAGAGCGCUAAUGCGUCAAAUGCCCAAUGCUGCGACCAAAAUGCAGGAAGCCCUGAAAAAUAUGCCCAAGUUUGAUGCUGAAAUGAUGGCCAGCUCGAAGUACUACCGUGGGGGAUUCGAUGCUAAAAUGAACAAACGCGAAGCUUCCCUCAUUCUGGGCGUAAGCCCAUCCGCAUCCAAGGCAAAGGUCAAGGAUGCACACAAAAAGAUUAUGCUGUUGAAUCAUCCCGACCGUGGAGGUUCCCCGUACUUGGCCGCCAAGAUCAACGAGGCAAAGGACUUUAUGGACAAUACUAAGUAAAGCAUUAGCUAUGCGCAAUAACGAGAAUUGUACAAAGUAUCAAAUUAUUCGAUAAAAUAACGAGAGUAGUUGAUUAAUAGGUGAAAAAUUUCUGAGGAGUUUAUCAUAUUUUGCAGGAGAUGGUAUCACAAUAGACAAUCCUCUCGAAUUAGCUCUAUCAUUAUGAUGACUAUCAGGCUGAAGCGGUAAUUAAUUCGUACAGAUAAAUUGAAGUUCAUUCCAAGGAUUUCUUUCAAUAUUUUUAUAAAAAAGAAAUUACCAAAAAAUAAUAAUUUCAUCAGAAAAGCAUACGCUAUCACGAUGUUUUUGAAUUUAGAACAAUUUUAGCUGUACUAAUACUGCACGUUGACAGCUUCCUUUAGUUUGUUUACGCACCUGAGCGAUGGACUGUACAACACAUCACAAUUACCGCUAGCCAACGGGACCCGGACUGAGGCAUCAUCAGCGAGCCAGUUUCAAAGGACUGCUGAGCUAAACUAUCAGUUGUGAUACAAUUGUUGCUUUCCAGCGUGUGUAUUAGAAUUAAAUACUUCCCUCCAUUAAGACUCGUUCGGACGAUUCGGCACAGCACCGACUAGAAACGGAAAAUGCGCAAGCUACGCGGUGGACAGACGAAAGAAACGCGCAAACAGCGCCAGGAGCGGAAGGAGGAAAAUUUAAAAAUCCAGCAACAGAUGAAAACGAUAGUAUUACCCACGAUUGGAGUGAUUUUCCUGUGCAUAGUGGUGUACGUGUUUCUGAAAACUCGCCCACGAUAUGAAGAACUCUAGUCUCGCUAGCCUUAAUGGGCCCUUUUUAAGUUUUUUUUGUUUGUUUGAUUAUUUGUUUGUACCUUUUGCACUGCCGGGACUCUAUCGUGCAAGUGAUGCAGUGUGCGUGAGAUGGUUUCCAGUUAGAUUGAUACUGUAUGUUUUACGACUGAUAUAGCAACGUUUUAAUCACAUGCACAAAUCGGUUAUUUGUACAGCGUAUCGAGAAUAUAUCUACAGAUUAUAUUUACACUAUUA